AUGCAAAACUUCUUAGUGAUCCCUGUUGGAUUAUUAAUCCUAUUGCAAGUUACCAUCGGCUCCCCAACACCGAUUGCUCGACCUGACGGCAGAAUCCCUCCCGGACCCCAUCCCAUCGAUAGACCCAGAUACAGUCCUCCCCGUUUCGAUUGUGAUUGUCCCUUAGAUCCCGGAAACCCCCGCCGCGUUUCUGACUAUCUGAUAACGCCGAAUUGA